UUUGAUUCUCUUAUAUUUAGCAUCCGCGUAGUCGUUUAUAUAAAAACUGCGCAGGACGACAGUCUUAGUCUAGCAAUAUGGCUUGCUUAAGGCUUAGAUUAUUAGAAGGAGAAACUCCAUUUUCAGAUUUUCUGGAUUGUAUGGAAGGAAAAGCACAAAACAUUCAUGUCGAUGUUACAAAACCAAUUAAAGAGUAUAUAAAGGAGAUCAAGCUUUCCGUAAAUUGUUAUUACCAGUUAGAGGAAAUAAAACUUUUCGACUCGAAAUCUAAAAAAUAUGUUAAUAAUGAACUUUCCUUAGAAGAGCAAAAGACAAAUUUAGAUAUUGAAGAUUAUUCAAAACCGCUUUAUCUAAAAGUCCGGCGCUCUCCGCGUUACCGAGCUAAAGAAGCCCUACUUUUAUUGAAUAAAAUGAAAGAAAAAGAACUUUAUAGCAAUUUAUCUUCUCUACGCUCCAAUAUUGUGGAUGACGAGGAGUAUAUGUCAGAAUUUAUAAAACAGGGCGGCCUUACUUCCGUUCUGAUGGCUAUUAGCUCGCCUAACCUCUCGAGUAAAACCGUUAGAAAAGGAUUUUCUGUCGUAACGGCAAUGGCGAAGAUUAAAAUUUCUUUUGAACUUUUACAAAAGUCCCUAGAUGGUCUCUUGGCUCUCGUCAAACUUAUUUGUACAAGUGAUGUUAAAAAAGAUGCUUUACUCCUUUUUUCCACGUUAAUUGAAUUAUCUCAAGAUUCGGGCUUCAUACUUUCUUGUCUCCUCGCUGACUCUGAAUCGCUUAAAAUUUUUGCUUCUCUCGUUGCUUUACUGAAUUUUGGAUUUUACGGAGAUGAAUUUAUAUUGUUAUCUACUAUUAAUAAACUUCUUGAAAAGGCACCCACCAAAGAUCUUUUUUUCAGUACCGUUAAGGCGCUAGAAAAAAAUCGGUUUAAUGAAAUCUGCGAAAAGAAAAGCAAGAAAGAUGCAAAGAUGAACAUUUUUUACCAGCAAUACACAGAACUGAUCCGCAACGCCGAAACUUCCGCUGAUCGAUUUCUGCGCGCAGAUGAAAGCCAAAUUUCCAGUGACGAGACCAAAAGUUUAGUUGAAAAUACGGACAAACAAAAACUCGAGAUCACCAGUUCCAGUGCGGAAAAUUUAGAUCUUCAAGAAAUUCAGACACGAAAAGAACUGCCGGCAGCGUCGGUUGCCCACGCAGAUAUUGAUAAGGCCAGUUCUGAGGAAAUCAAGGAGAUCCCAGCAGCGAUGAAGCUUCUAAGAGGAGACAAGCAGAAACGCGUCAGCUGGGCACAAAUCCACGUGGACAAUAUCCUCUCUGGCUCGGCUCCUUCUAAAGAUUUUGCCAAGGAACGACCUCCAGAAUUGGAUGGCCAUCCGAGUGUGCAGUCUCGAAAAGCCGCUCUGGAAAAGGAACGGGAGCCGGAAACAAGGGACAGCAAAGUGUUAGAGAUUUCUACGCAGGGGAUUUCCUCUGAAGAAACGCAAGCUUCUUUGAUGGUGGGCGGAUAUGAUUUUUCAGAGAUGUCUGAAGACGAGCUUCCGAAAAGCACAAGCAGCGAAACAGAAGACCACGAGAACGUACAAGAUCUACUUUCGCCUCCACCCCCGCCUCCGCCUCCACCCCUUCCUGGCCACGUGACCCCACAAGGCAUACCACCCCCACCCCCACCUCCUCCGCCUUUCGGGCAGCUGCCCCCGCCUUUGCUUCCGGGAGCGGAGCUCAGGAAAGCCCCUGCGGACACGAAGAAGUAUCUUCCAGUGCGCUGGCAGGCGCACCGAGUCACAUGUGCGGAUCCCGGAAGCUUCUGGGCUGUCUGUGAAGCUCCCUCUGCAAAUAUUAGCGAGCUGCUGCAAUCUUUUCUCAAGCUCGAGACGUCCGUGACUAAGAAAGCUGCUGUAGAAAAGCUGAGCGAGAAGACUGCAUCGAAGCUAACCUGCAUUGAUCCCUUGAAAAGGCAGAAUCUUUCCAUCAAAAUCAAAGCACUUCCGGAGUUCCAGUACGUCAGAAGCGCGAUCGCCGAUAUGAAUAGUCUUGUCCUCAACCGCGAUCAGCUCAAGCAGGUGAUAUCGCUAUUUGACGAAAAAGGCGUUGAUCAUUCAGAAGUGGCAAAGUUAAAGCAACUUGUGGAGACGCAAUCUUCUCUGGACCCUUCUGAGCGACAGGAGUUGGAUCCUCUGGAAGCAUAUAUUUGGGAGAUCGUGCAGCUCCCCAAUUUCAAAACGUGGCUUACUGUGUGGCAAAUUAUGGACGACUUCCCGGUGACGCUGAACGGAAUUGCGGAGACGUGCCACUCUCUCUGGAGCUCCAUUCUUCAACUGCGUAGUUCAAAAGGCUUCCGAACUUUCCUGCAGCUUCUUCUGAAGUUUUACAAUUCCGUAGCACCGCAAAGCGUCAAAGGGCUACAAUUAAACGUUCUUGCGGAGCUGCCGAGCUUUAUGGACAACAAAAAAGUCUUAAUGAUAGACCAUCUUAUAGAGAUUAUGAAAACUCAAUUUGCAGAAGAGGCUGAUCUUCACGUUCAACUGCGUUCAGUGGAACAAACAAGCAAGUACGAUCUGAAGGACAUUAACCAGCGACUGUUAACCCUUCAGAAAACCACAGAAGAGGGCCUCGCUAUAAUAGCACAAGAAAAUAUCAAAUUGAUGAAGUGCAAAAACUUUACGACAACGUCUGCUUCUCAAGUAAAAUUGUUGCAGGAAGUGAAUCGGAAGUUGGAGUGGAAAUUUAAAAAAUUAUUAAUCUAUUUUGGAACGGAUCCUGCUAAAACCGAUUUAAACGAAUUUUUUCAAACGCUAUCAAAUUUUGUUAUCUUGUACAGGACUAAAGCGAAAGAAUAUGAAGAAAAGCAGGAAAUGCUAAAAAAACUUAAAGAAAAAACACAAAAGCUGGAAAGCGAUCUUCCUGAUGACUCUGAAUUAUCCAUAAAACCACAAAAAGGACUUGUGUCGAGCAUUUUAAAAAGUAGAGACUCUCACAGAGCUCCUGUUUCUUCUGAAAAGAUGGAAGAACUUCAGCAGGAAAACGACAUGAAAAUAAUUGAAGACAAAAUUACCACGCGAAGUCGUCGCAUGCAAAAUAUUGCUCGCGCGAAAAGCACACGACGAGGUGGAAAAGCUUCAGGAAGGUUUGCUAGUUAAAAAAAAUCAUGUUUUUUUAUAAUAAAUAUGGCGCGUCUACACACUAAUAAGAGAUUGUUAGCUUCUCUGUAGAGAUUUUCAAAGUUUAGUAAAAAUAAUUUAUU